CAGAGCCUCACUUUGGUCCCUUCCGGUAAUUGACACGACAGGGCGCCCUGAAAGGGGAGGGGAGAGCUCCCUCCAUAAAUGGUCCCACCCCUGGGCAAGGUGGCUCGCUCAGGCAGGUAGCAACGGGGGAGUGUGCACCUGUCAGCAGUCAAGCUCAGCCGCACUGCGGGACGAGGUGGAGCGAGCAGAGGGAGUGAGUCAACCAUGGACAAGUUGAAGUGCCCGAGCUUCUUCAAGUGCAGAGGGAAGGAGAAAGUGACAGCUUCAUCUGAGAAUUUCCAUGUUGGUGAAAAUGAUGAGAAUCAGGACCGUGGUAACUGGUCCAAAAAAUCGGAUUAUCUUCUAUCUAUGGUUGGAUAUGCAGUGGGCCUGGGAAAUGUGUGGAGAUUCCCCUAUUUGACCUACAACAAUGGCGGAGGUGCCUUCUUGAUACCUUAUGCGAUCAUGCUCGCGCUGGCUGGUUUACCCUUGUUCUUUCUGGAGUGUUCACUGGGACAAUUUGCUAGCUUAGGUCCAGUUUCAGUUUGGAGGAUUCUUCCAUUGUUUCAAGGUGUGGGAAUUACGAUGGUCCUGAUAUCCAUUUUUGUGACAAUCUAUUACAAUGUCAUAAUUGCCUAUAGUCUUUUCUACAUGUUUGCUUCUUUUCAAAGUGAGCUACCAUGGAAAAAUUGUUCGGUUUGGGCAGAUGAUAACUGUAGCAGGUCGCCUAUAGUUACUCAUUGUAAUGUGAGUACAAUGAUGGGGGACAUCAUCCGAGUAAAUAAAAGCUGGUUAAGCACCCACAAUUUGACCUGCAUCAACGGAAGUGAGGCUUAUCAGCCAGGACAGCUUCCCAGUGAACAAUAUUGGAACAAAGUGGCGCUCCAGCGGUCAAGUGGAAUGGAUGAGACUGGGGUAAUUGUGUGGUAUUUAGCACUUUGUCUUCUUCUGGCUUGGCUCAUAGUCGGAGCAGCGCUAUUUAAAGGAAUCAAGUCUUCUGGCAAGGUGGUAUAUUUUACAGCGAUUUUCCCCUAUGUCGUCCUACUCAUCCUGUUAAUUCGAGGUGCGACCCUGGAGGGUGCGUCGAAAGGCAUUUCAUACUAUAUUGGAGCACAGUCAAACUUUACCAAACUCCGGGAAGCUGAGGUUUGGAAAGACGCGGCCACUCAAAUAUUUUACUCCCUAUCGGUGGCUUGGGGCGGCUUAGUUGCUCUAUCAUCUUACAAUAAGUUCAAUAACAACUGCUUCUCAGAUGCUAUUGUAGUUUGUUUGACAAACUGCCUCACGAGCGUGUUCGCCGGAUUUGCUAUUUUUUCUAUAUUGGGACACAUGGCUCAUAUAUCGGGAAAGGAGGUCUCUCAAGUUGUAAAAUCAGGUUUUGAUCUGGCGUUCAUUGCUUAUCCAGAAGCUCUAGCCCAACUCCCAGGUGGGCCAUUUUGGUCCAUAUUAUUUUUCUUCAUGCUUUUGACUUUGGGUCUCGACUCUCAGUUUGCAUCCAUUGAAACGAUUACCACAACGAUCCAAGAUUUAUUUCCCAAAGCGAUGAAGAAAAUGAGGGUUCCUAUAACUUUGGGUUGCUGCUUGGUGCUGUUUCUCCUUGGUCUCGUCUGUGUGACUCAGGCUGGAAUUUACUGGGUUCAUCUGAUUGACCACUUCUGUGCUGGAUGGGGCAUUUUGAUUGCGGCUAUACUGGAAAUAAUAGGAAUCAUCUGGAUUUACGGUGGGAACAGAUUCAUUGAAGACAUAGAAAUGAUGAUUGGAGCAAAAAGGUGGAUAUUCUGGCUUUGGUGGAGAGCUUGCUGGUUUGUCAUUACACCACUUCUUCUGAUUGCAAUUUUGAUCUGGUCAUUGGUGAAAUUUCAUAGGCCUAAUUAUGCCAAAAUUCCGUACCCUGACUGGGGAGUUGCUCUAGGCUGGUGUAUGAUUAUUUUCUGCAUUAUUUGGAUUCCAAUUAUGGCCGUCGUAAAAAUAAUUCAAGCUGAAGGAACUAUCUUCCAACGCAUCGUAAGCUGUUGUAGACCAGCUUCUAACUGGGGUCCGUACCUGGAACGACAUCGUGGGGAGAGAUACAAAGACAUGAUAGAUCCUAAAAAAGAGACUGACCAUGAAAUACCUACUGUCAGCGGCAGUAGCAAACCAGAAUGACAUCUAAUGUUUUAAACAGAUGUGGUCAUGUAAAGUGAUGACUUUAGAAUCAAGGAAAAUUUUAUUUAUUUGUAGGUUAAUUGAGUAGAAAAAUGUAUAUACUAUGUCCAUAAUAGUAUAAACUUGUUUUCCCAUUUAAGCAGGAAUGUGAUAUAAUGUGAAUCUACGAAUACUUAACAAUGUGAUUCUUAUAUUUCUUUUUAGAUCAUCUAUCUGUAUAACACAUACGCAGCUGUCUCUUUUUCACAAUAGCACUUUUGUAAAUAUUACCAUAAUAUUUUUCUAAUGUGCUGAAGACUUUAUUUUGAGCCGGUUAUUUAGAAAAUUGGUAUAUUUUCUAUUAUACAAGUUUUAAAAAAUUGUUUGCUAUAUUUUCUGAGUAUACAAGCUUUCUUUUCCAUAAAGCUGGGGAAAAUAAAAUCAGUAUAUUUAAAAGAAAGUA